AUGCAUACCUCGAUAGCCCUCCUGGCUGUAUUGACCCAACAUGUUUUGGCACAGCAGAUGUUGCGCUACCAAUGCUCCCAGCUUUCUAUCGAACGGCUCGACCCCAUACUCAGUCCUGGUGUUGUGCAAAGCCCGUAUCUUCACCAAAUCGCGGGUGGUAACUCUUUUGAUGCGACGAUGCCUUUGGGGGAAUACGACCCAGCGCAGCGAUCCACCUGUACGACGUGUUCUUUUAGCGAAGAUUUCUCUAAUUACUGGACUGCGAACCUCUUUUUCAGGUCGAGAAAUGGAACUUUCAAGCGAGUGCCGCAGCUGUCAAACAUGGGUUUGAGGGGAGAAGGCGGCAUCACGGUGUAUUAUAUUCCGCCCUACGACGGGAGAACCAGGGUCACAGCCUUCAAACCAGGCUUCCGCAUGCUGGCCGGCGACCCGAAUCUGCGCGAAGCACGGGGUCAGCAGCGGCAGAUCUGCCACCGAUGCCUCGAUAACCUGUACCAGAAUCCGUUUGGUGGCGCGCCCUGCACAGGCCACGACACGGCUGCACUGCCCAGAGGGUUCUGCCAUGGCGGCAUCCGGUCAACCAUAACGUUUCCCACCUGCUGGGACGGCAGGAACGUCGAUAGCCUUGACCAUAAAAGCCACGUCGCGUACCCAUCGAGCGGAACCUUUGAGUCGACUGGUCCUUGUCCCGCUUCCCACCCUGUGAGGCUACCUCAGGUCAUGUACGAGGUCAUAUGGGAUACGCGGGAAUUCAACAAGAAGGACAUGUGGCCUGAAGAUGGGAGCCAGCCGUUUGUAUACUCGUUUGGAGACAGUGUCGGCUAUGGUCAACAUGGCCAUUUCCUCUUCGGCUGGAAGGGCGAUGCUCUUCAGAAAGCCCUCGACGCGCGCUGCCAUAUGGAUAAGUGUCCAGAGCUCAAGUGGCAGAUGCCCGAGGUUGGUAUUCAGUGCAACAAAUCACCGAGCGUGUUUGAAGACAUAGAGGGAUGGUUGAGCUCUUUGCCUGGAGGCAUCCAGGCCGACUGAAAGAUGCCGCAUGUUUGCAACUGUUGAAGUCGACAGUGUUUAGCUUCCUGUAUGGAGUUUUGACAUUUACAGCUUGA